AUGGACAUCUCGCAGAACAAGCAACGUAUGCUCUGCGGCGAGCUCUACCAUGCCAUGACGCCUGAGCUGACAGCAGAGCGCGCACGAUGCAGGCAAGCUUGCAGACGCUUCAACGAUGCCGGUGAUGUACCGCGUCGCAGGCUAGUCCAACUGUUUCGAGACAUCAUCCAAGACGAAACCCCUCUUCCACCACCAGCACCUACAACAGAUGAAGACGCCAAGCUGUUCGAGGCUGAACCAUGGAUUAACCCACCGGUUACUAUGGACUAUGGAUAUAAUGUGCGUUUGGGCAAACAUGUCUUUGUCAACUUCCACGCCGUCUUCCUCGACACCUGUCUUACUACUAUUGGCGCACGCACACUCGUCGGUCCGAACGUCAACUUCUACUCAGCUACUCAUCCUCUCGACCCAGCCAUCCGGAACGGCCUUAGCGGGCCUGAGUUGGGCAAGGAGAUCCACGUUGGCGAAGACUGCUGGAUCGGUGGCAAUGUUUGCAUACUGCCUGGUGUUAUGAUUGGUAGAGGUAGCGUCGUAGGCGCAGGAAGCGUCGUUACGAAGAGCGUCCCAGAGUUUACAGUCGUCGCUGGCAAUCCCGCUCGCAUCAUCCGCAAGAUCGAGACCGAAAUGGACUCUGAAAGCAAUAGUCGCCAUGCUGGCAGGCAGAACGACCUGCAGCACUGA